GCUCCAAUUCUUUACCUUCCCACGUAAUUACAUGUCUUUGAGUCAAUAGUUAACUUGGGGAAUAGGAUAAUGAUUACCUACUUAGAGGUAGGUAGACGCCAGCGCCAGGUACUCUACCAAUGGGAACGUAGCCGCGAUGAACAGAAAUGCUCUUACGCCCGAUUAGAGGAUUGUACGUCCAGGGAGUGUUCCCGUUAACCGUAUUAGUAGAACCAUUAUCUCUGCCUGCUACUGCAGGUACGCUGCAUUAUUCGCAAGCGCAUAACGUGUUGUCCAUCUAGGUACCAUAUAAAAAUUGAAAUAGAGGGAUGUAGACCGGUUUUCAUUAGCAUAUCUUAGAAUUCUUUCUUCCAUCUUAAAUCUCACAUCACAAUAUUUUCAAAUUAGCAACGCUGGUUAUAUUGAGUUUAUUAAAUAUUCCGCUGAAUUCUUGGUGUUUGUUACUGUUGAAAUCUCGCUACAGUCCCUUCAUUACCCAUGUCUAUCAAAAGGUUACCAGUACCUGUUAUAGAUUAUGGCCGAUUUAUCAAACUCCGAGGCUAAUUCCCAGACCAUGCGUAACACGUCAAACGGACUGAUGCGCCCUCAGUCCCAUGCUGGAUAUUUCCGGGCCCAAAUAUAUUCUCACCAAAACUUGGAAAACCAACUUUCCCACCAAGAGCAUCUCGAGAAUUGCUUAAGAAUUGAGCAAGUUCAAGAGCGACUUACCCAAGUACCUGGCAAGGUCCCUGGGCCCAGAUGCAGCGAUAUCAAGGCAACUCUUGACAGGGUAGACGAUAUUUGGCAAACUUCCUAUGAAUUAAGAGAUAGAGACGUCCGGCGUAUCGGCCUCGGACAUAUAUUGAAUACUAGUGCCCCGCGAGUUGAUUCGAACCUUAGGCGUCCUGUCUUAAGUCAAGAGACAAGUAUUACAUGCGCCCAAGGCAUACCUGGCUCGAGCCGGGGUGGGACGCAGCAUAUUCAUAUAGCUGGCCACCAACCGACGGUGAGCUCUUCCUCAAACCCAAGGCGGAAGAGGAUAAGGAAAAGAAAAAAACAUGGCGACGACGAUGACGAUGACGAUGACGGGGUUUCUCCUAGCCACGGAAAGAAACCGGCUUAUCUGAAAGGUCUGCGUCCAAAAUUUGCCUGCCCAUUCCUUAAGGUGUCCCCCCUUUUACCUCUCCAUUGCCAUGAUGAAGGUGGCUUUGCAGAUACGUCUCGAGUCAAGGAACACAUUUACCGGAAACAUCGAAGCCCUCAAUGCCUGCUCUGUGGUGAGGUCUUCGACCGGAAUGAGGAAUACAGAGAGCACCUCCACAUGAGGUCCUGUACGCCUCCUGAAAACGGGUUCCCCACACUUGUAAUUCAUAAUGGGCAAGAAAAUGCAAUGCGGAGCCGACAAGGUUUGCGGGGCUUGUCGGAAGAAGAGAAGUGGCAUAGAAUAUACUUGAUCAUCUUUCCGGGAGCCCACCGUCCGUACCCGUCUCCAUAUGUCGAAGAACAUGCAGACUACCAACUGCAAGAGGCACCGCGGCAACCACAAGAACGAUCCCAUGAAGUACAGCAAAUGAUCACGCAAGAGAUACGACAACAGUUGGAAGAGGUACCACAACAGCCGGAAGAACUACCGCAAGAGCUACCGCAAUCACCGCAAGGGGUAUCGGGACAGCCUCAAAGUGUACCGCAACAGCUUCAAGAAGUACAGCAAGCGAUUCUACGAGAGAUACGACAACAUCUGGAAGAGGUACGGCAAGUAAUACGACAAGAAGUGCGACAAGCAGUACAGCAAGAGGUACGGCUACAGUUUCAAGAAGCAUGGCGGGCGUUUCCCCCCUAUUUACCUCAACAGCCAUGGCAAGAUGAUGGUUCUCUCCCAGGCAUAGGUGCUCAAUUCCCCAUCCAGGGGAAUUCUAGUGGUGAAUAUAACCAUAUUGGCGACGGCUUUAUUAACCCUGUAUUUCUACAGGGAGAAGUGCCGAAUAUGUCCGAACAAGUACCAGAGGAAGACCCAUCAACUCAUCUGGUCGACUAGAUACCGGAUCCGAUUCCUCUUCAUGAUCUUCUCACCUAGUUGCCUGGCCCCGGCUGUCUCUCGAGUCUUUGUCUGGUUAUAUUUGGACGAUGUCGUGGACGUUGCCUCUUAAGGUUUACAUUAUUUCAACUAUAGGAGGGAUUCUCCUGCUCAAGGCACUCCAUGCUGGCAUCUAUCGGCUACGG